AGGCAACUCUGCAGUGUUCAUCUGGCAAGAUGCAGGUAGAAGGGUGCUCGGACACAACUAAAGGCAGAGCCGCAAUUACCUUAGACGUCGACGCGGAGACCAUUUACAAAGUCAGGAUAUUGAGUAGCAAAUUAAGAGAGUUGUCAGUCAGUGGGCUGAACGGGAACGACACCUACACGGUCUAUGCCUGGCCCACAGACACGGAGCUUCUCGAGACCACUGUACACAAACGAUUCAUGCCGGUUGACUGGAAGAAAAAUCCCGAUACUAGACUGGCAUACUUUGCGAACCCCCCAUUGGGCCAGUCCAUGUUUAAAGAGCUUAUGUUUAUUGUUCAUGGCACUGACGACGAGGUCACGGAUAGCGCCAAAUCUCGCAGUGCAAAGGCGGCGGAGAAGUUCUUCCAGAAACGGUGUCCGAAGGAAGCAACGCCGUUUGUAAUCCUAUCAGGGUCCACUGCAUCUGAACCACACUUCAAAGCGCUCAACGCUGACGCGGCUGGGGAUCUCCGUGCGGCUACCAGUACCGUACGUCCAUGCGCCAAGGAUGGGGUGGUCAAGUCUCUACAAGACGUCUGUGAUAUCUUAACGAAUAACCGUGUGUUCAGUGACGAACACCCGGAAACUUUAGAUACAGGCAUCCCUGACUCGAAACUAACCAAGGCCGACGCUGGCGUAGAAGGAAUAGAUGAGGUUGUGAUUCCAGUCUUCGCACCAAAGGACGAUGCUCUGGCCAUGGCUGUGUUUGUGGCAGAUGCCUUAAGCCUUGACUCGAGCGAGAAGGAAAAGCUUGUUAAAUUAGAGCUGGGCGACUAUGACUGCGUGAUAGUCGGCAAAAAUGGCGUUGAGGUGAUCCAAGCGUAGGUAGACUCCUCGGCUAACGGUAGAGUGGCUUCAUCCAGCUGUACCUGACUAGUACAAGGGUUGUCGGGACAACUCCCUGCAUCGCACCACAGCAUUCAUGUAAAGAUUCAGAUAUGACUCAGCGGCUCGAUUAGUGUGGUCAACCGAGGUAUAGAUACCCUUGUAUUGUCAUUUGUGUAUCUUUACUUGCAUAGACACUAUAUGACAGUUUUCGCCCAGUUCGGUUGGUCUGAAUCCCAUUUAAAUGGCGCAGUCCUAAAACGGCGGAAGAAAGGCGGUACAGCAACCGUUGGACUGUCUUCUGGCGCUCAACGCCAGUUAACAGGCCAAUGACCUCGCCGAACGGUGUGUGUUGUACUGUCUGGGCUAUGUAUCAGGCUGUCAACUCCAAUCGUCUCACUACUACAGCUCUAGUAGUCCAGGUCACUCCCUGCUAUUUAACGGCGAAUGGAAUUAGCUUUGCGUGACUUGGGCGGCAAUAUGUAUGUAUGUACCUCCAUAGCAUCUUGAGACAGUGUGACUAAAUAUGAAAUCCGACUUAAAAUCCGACCCCAGUCAUGACCUUCAAACCAAACAAUACAGGGCUAUGCCCCAGUGGAGUGAAUACUCUUCUCUGUCCCGUCUUCCCCAGAGGCAGUAUAUCAUACUAUCUCAAGUUCUUAAGUUAUCUUAACAUAGCCGGGGCUAGGAGUCUAUGACACAACAUAUAACAUAGCCCCUUCUAACAUAUAAAACCAUGAAAAGUAAAAAGCCUGAAUCUGCUCCAGAUCUAUAUUUAC